AUGGGCAUAGCACCGAAGAUGAUCGUGAUAGAUCAAGACAUGGGAAUGAGAUCAGCCAUUGAAGAGGUUCUGGUUGGCACGCGACACCGAUGGUGUAUGUGGCAUAUAAUGCAUAAGUUGGCUACCAAGGUUCCAAAUAGGUUGCUGAGGGAUGAAGAUUUCAAGAAGGAAUUCAAUGCAUGCGUUUGGUCGGAUCUUCUUGAGCUCGACGAAUUUGAAGAGGAGUGGAAAAGAGUUGUGGAAAGUCAUGGGUUGGAAGACUUUGACUGGUUCAACACAUUGUACGAAUAUAGGCAUUUCUGGAUACCGGCGUAUUUUAGAGAUUUUCCUCUGGGUUCGAUGAUUAGGACUACGUCCAUUUCAGAAUCGGAGAACCGUUUCUACAAAAGAUUUUUGAAGCCCCGUGCGAACAUAGCCGAGUUCUACUUGAAUUUCAACCAUGCUGUUGAAUUCCAGCGAAACAGUAGGACAGCUUUAGACUACCACGAUGCCACUGUUUUUCCCAUUUUGGCCACUACGCUGUCGUUCGAGAAACAUGCUUCGACGCUAUACACCGAUACGAUGUUCAAGAGAAUACAGGAAGAAAUCGUAGAGGGUAAUGAUAGAUGUCGCGUGCUAGGUUUUUCUUCGACUGAAUUUGUUGACACAUAUAAGCUUGGGGAUAUCAAUCGCAAAUUGAACAAUGAAUUGAAGAAAAUAUCAGAUAAAUACUGCCAAAGCAUGUGGAUGAAGACUCCGAUAGCCAAGGCGGUCCAUGGGGAGUUUCAUGAUGACUUCCCUAUCAGGUCUGUUGUUGACGAUAGGGAAACACUGUCAGAGCAAGGCGGCGUGGAAGAACUUGGUAAUUCUCUACAAGCUGGGAAUCCUACAACGUCCGCAGCUGAAAAAAGGCGAAUGAUUGAAGAGUUUUAUGGUAUGGUGCGUCCUGAAGUUGUUGAGGUCUAUCCUCCAGAUGUUGUUAAGACCAAGGGGCACGCAAGCAGCUCAGCGAGCCGACUGAUUUCGAAAAGAGAAAAGGCUCUAAAUGAUGCUAGUAGGCCUCUUAGACGGUGUAAGGCUUGCGAUGAGAUGGGCCAUCAUGACUCCAGAAAUUGUCCAAUGCUUAAAGAGAUGGAGAUGGAGAAAGAGUUGGGGAAGGGCAAGCGUCCGAUUUGA